AUGCAGGGUAAGGUGGGAGACACACAAAUGAUGAAGGGACUGGUACGCAACAACACUCUCACGGGUCCUAAGAUCAUCAGAGAAAUAACUAAGAAGAUCGUUCAAAUUAGGGAACCACUAAAAGCGUCCAAAGAUCGACAAAAGAGUUAUGUGGAUAAAAGACGGAAGCCCAUUCAUGUCGGUGAUCGCUUGCUGCAAAAGAUCUCUCCUUGGAAAGGGAUGAUACCGUUUGGGAAGCAUGGGAAAUUGAACCCAAUAUACAUCAGACCAUUUGAAAUUCUUGCUAGAAUUGGUCUGGUGGCUUAUAAAUUCCAGCUACCGCCUGAAAUCAACAAUGUACACCCUGUCUUUCAUGUGUCUAACCUGAAGAAAUAUCUAUCUGACGAAACUCUUGUUAUCUCUCUUGAUGAGAUUGAGGUAAAUGAGAAUCUCCAUUUUGUUGAAGAGCCCGUAGAAAUAACGGAUAGGGAGGUGAAACGAACAAAACAGAGUAGCAUCCCCAUUGUGAAGGUCCAAUGGAGUGCCAAACGAGGACCAGAGUUCACUUGGGAACGCGAAGACCAGAUGAAGCUGAAGUAUCCACAUGUCUUCCCUAGUUCUUGA